AUGAAUAUUUCGACUUCUACGUUUUCAACCAAGAGAAGAGGCUUGAAAAAAAUCGAAGAAGAAGAGAAUGCAGCGACUCUUCAGCUGGGGGAAGAGUUUCAACUGAGACAGGUGAAUCAUCAGGGCCAAGAGGAGGAAUUAAUUGCUCUUAAUUUGAGCGAGGCGCGUUUGGUCAUCAAAGAAGCUCUCGAAGAGAGAAGACGGCUUUUUAAGCAUUGGGCCAGAAAAGGUGAUGGCAUAGAGGCAGAUGACGAGAUGGAGGAAGAUGUGCACACCCAGACACAGGAACGAGAGCUUCAGCACAUAGAUAAGCUUUUAGAGACCACUACGGGCGGGAACAAUCAAGCCUUGAAACAGACAAUGGUGUAUCUGACGAACUUCUCGAGAUUUCGGGACCAAGAAACGGUGACGGCCGUGACGCAACUACUGCAAAGCACGAACCUGCAUCCAUUCGAAAUCGCACAAUUAGGGUCCCUUUCGUGCGAGGAUGCGGAUGAAGCAAAAACUUUGAUACCCAGCUUGAGUAACAAGAUAUCUGACGAGGAUCUAGAACGUAUCCUCAAAGAAUUGUCAAACUUGGAGACCUUGUACUGA